UGUCAACAUUUCAUCGUAACUCGUAACUAUUCCCUUUCACUGAUUCCAGUUGUUUUGUAUACUGUGUUAGUAGUGUGUUUGUUUUAGCUUAUGAGCUACAGAAAAAUUCGACUAGUGCAGGUUGAUUAUUCAUUAAAUACGCUCUACUGAAAUAUUAGGACAUUCAUAUUUUAUGAUUCUCACAGUCUAAGACCAACAAAAUCAGGUUAUGUAGGAUACAACUAAAUGAAUAUCUGCAUACGGGUGUCAAUAGAGUAUAAAAUGCCUUUGUCCGAAGUGAGAAGAUGUGUAACCAUCAAAUUUACAUUAUUAUUGAUGUUAGCUGCUGUAGCUAUAGCUCAAUCACCAGAUAAUAAUUCAGUAAUUGGCCCAAAUAAAGCUAAUGGAGGUGCUGUCGCAAAGUUUCGUAAAUAUUUUUCUCAGUGUAAAACACAUACAAUCGAAUUUGACGAAUGCUUAAAGAAUGCAAUCAAUAACGUCCGACCAUACUUUACAACAGGUGUACCAGAACUAGGAAUUCCUCCGUUUGAUCCAUUUUUUGCCAAUGAAGUUAAACAAAGUAAAGGAGCUGGUUUAUUAGGUUAUAAGUUAACUAUACAUAAUGUUACUGAAAGCGGAUGGAGACUUUCGGAAAUUAGAAAAAUCAAAACUAACUUCAAUACAAAUACAAUUAAACUUACACAUUAUUUCCCUGAGAAAUAUUUAGAAGGUUACUAUGAGGCAGAGAAUACUAUACUGCGACCCGGAGUUACAACAGUUGGCCAAUUCAAUUUGACUUUAUACGAUUAUAUUCAAACAAUGACAAUAAGCAAACCAAAAAAUACAAAUCAAAUUAAAGUAUCUGUGCAGCUCGAAGAAAUUGGAAAUAUGUCUUUGCAUAUAAGCAAUCUUUUGCGUGGAAGGGUUAUCGUUGAAAACGUGUUGGACAGAUUAAUAAACGCCUCAUGGAGAGUUGGUUUGCCAGUUGUAAAACCACUUAUAAAUGACCUUGUUGCUUCAGCUUUUACUAAAAUUUGGAAUGAUAUUUUUAAUGAUUUUGAUUUUAGUUAUUUACUGCCAUAAAUUAUUUACAGGUCGAUUUUAUUUCACCUUUAUAAUUUUGCCAUUAUAACAACACAUAGUCUUAAAUAGAAAUUUAUAAGGUUUCUGAGAACGUUGUACUUGCAUGUAUGUCUCCGUCUUAUUAAUAUAUAUCAUUCUAAAUUUUGCGUUACAGCAAAAUUUUAAUUUUAAAGCGAGUUACAGCUAUGUAAAAUAUCAAAACUUUAAAAUUCUCAUAAAGUCAUAACUCACUUUAAAAUAAAAUAUCAAUUAAAGUCAUCGUGAUGGACUAGAUAUUAUUCUUACUAUUCAAUUUUAUAAUAGGUAAAUUUAGUAUUUACUCUAAUAAAUAAGCUAUAAAUUAUAAUAACAUAAUAAAUGUAUAUAAAAAAAUUAAAUGGUUCGGCUGAACGCAAAUUUGACAUGUUAUCCGUUAAUGAGAUGGACACAAACACAUAAGCGGGUACGAUGACCUCUCAACUAUAAUUAUUUUCAUCAUUCAUUGUUACAUUUUAAACCAUUAUUAUUUUCAUCAAUCAUUUUUUCAUUUCAUAAUGUUAUCGUUUUAUUUAUUUUAAUAAUCAUAUUACCUACUGUUUAAUGU